AUGGCUCCAAUAUUGAACGAGCCUAUCGCCAUCGUAGGCAGUGCCUGCCGCUUUGCUGGCGAUGCUACAUCACCCUCGAAGCUCUGGGAGCUCCUGCGCGAGCCCAAGGAUGUACGGCGAGAGAUUCCCGACGAGAGGUUCAGUGCCAAAGGCUUCUACCAUGUCAACAAUGCGCACCACGGCCAUACCAACGUGCGUCAUGCCUACAUGAUCAACGAGGACGUCGCCAAGUUUGACACGGAGUUCUUCGGGAUCAAGCCCGUAGAAGCGCGGGCCAUUGAUCCUCAGCAACGACUUCUCAUGGAGACUGUCUACGAGGGCUUGGAGGAUGCCGGUCUUGCUAUGAAUGGCCUGCGUGGCUCGGAUACCAGCGUCUAUGUAGGUGUCAUGCGUAACGACUAUGAGGAUUUGUUGUUGCGCGAACUGCAAUCCGCGCCAACCUACCAUUCCACUGGCAUCGGUCGCAGCAUCUUGUCCAACCGCAUAUCUUACUUCUUCGAUUGGCACGGGCCUUCUAUUACCAUGGACACAGCUUGCUCGUCCAGUUUGGUAGCCGUUCACAUGGCCGUACAAGCCCUGCGCUCUGGCGAGUCGCGCGUUUCGGUGGCCUGCGGCUCGAACCUGCUUCUCGGCCCUGAAAACUUCAUCUUCGAGAGCAAGCUGAAAAUGCUUUCCCCUGAUGGCCGCAGCAAGAUGUGGGACCGUGAUGCGAACGGAUAUGCUCGUGGCGAUGGCGUUGCAGUCGUCGUCAUGAAGACGCUUAGCCAGGCAAUCGCUGAUGGCGACAGCAUCGACUGCAUUAUCCGAGAAACAAGCCUUAACCAGGAUGGUGCUACAACCGGUAUCACGAUGCCCAGUGCCGUAGCACGAAAAGCCCUGAUCCGCGCCACAUAUGAAAAAGCCGGCCUGGAUAUCCAGGCUGAGACAGAUCGCCCGCAAUACUUCGAGGCGCAUGGUACAGGGACCCCAGCCGGUGACCCGAUCGAGGCUGAAGCGAUUGCCAAGGCCUUUUACGGAGACAAAAUGGAAUCUCGACAUGGAGCCCACCCUCUGUACGUGGGUUCCAUCAAGACUGUGCUCGGUCACACCGAGGGGACGGCUGGUAUAGCGGCUAUAUUGAAGGCGUCGCUGGCGUUGCAGAACUCUCUCAUCCCGCCGAAUCUUUUGUUCCACAACCUGAGCGAUGGCGUGAAGCCUUUCUACGACAACCUCGAAAUCCCGACUGCGGCUAGGCCAUGGCCUGCUGCAAAGGGAGGGCUCCGGCGUGCCAGCGUGAAUAGCUUUGGGUUCGGGGGAGCAAACGCCCACGCGAUCCUCGAAAGUUACGACGGACCCAGUCCAGCUUCUCCUGAUGACUCAAACACCACUCUCUUCACCCCUUUCGUCUUUUCGGCGUUGUCGGAACAGUCUUUGCGCAUGGGACUCUCAGACUAUUCAGCUUUCCUCGAGUCCAAUCACGGCGUGGAUGCCAAGAAUCUAGCCUACACCUUGCGCCAUCGCCGCUCUGUCUUUCCGUACCGUGUCUCAUUCACUGCCAGCUCAACCGAGGACUUGAGGUCCAAGAUGGCGGGUGUGCUGAACGAUGAGAGUUCACCUGUUGGUGUCAGAGCCCUGCCCGCUUCUGCCAGGGCGGCUCCCAAGAUAUUGGGCGUCUUUACUGGCCAAGGUGCGCAAUAUGCUCGUAUGGGCGCCGAGUUGCUGGAGUAUUCAACCAUGGCUCGACGUAUAAUCCAAGACCUUGAGUCCUACCUUGAGCCACUUCCCGAUCGUCCCACCUGGUCUCUGCAAGCUGAGUUACUUGCUAGUUCUAAGACUUCCCGCGUUGGAGAGGCGAAUGUGAAGUUGGAUGCAGUUGUGGGCCAUUCAUCGGGUGAAAUCGCCGCGGCUUACGCAUCCGGAUUCUUGACUGCGCGCGACGCCAUGGUCGUGGCCUACUACCGUGGCCUACACGCCCAGCUCGCAGCGAGCCCUACUGGUGCCAAGGGCGCUAUGUUGGCUGUCGGUACCUCGAUGGAAGACGCUGAAGUGCUUUGUAAUGAUGAGGAGUUUAUUGGCCGCAUAAACGUGGCUGCAAGCAACUCGUCCUCGAGCGUAACUAUCUCGGGGGAUGAGGAUGCCGUCGACGACCUUCUGAUCAUUCUCCAAGAUGAGAACAAGUUCAGCCGCAAACUUCGAGUCGAUAAAGCCUACCAUUCCAGACACAUGUUUCCGGCUUUUGAUCCCUAUGUACAGUCCGUCCGUGCAUCUGGAGUGAAGGCACGGAAGCCUACUGAAGACAACAAGUGCGUCUGGUUCUCGAGUGUGUAUAACAAACCAGUGUACUUGGGAACAGAAUUCGAUUUCCAGUUGAGCGAUACAUACUGGGCCGAGAACAUGACAAAACCUGUGCUUUUCUCCCAGGCUCUGAGCACUGCCUUAGCCUCUGGUACCGAAUACGAUAUCGCCAUCGAGAUUGGCCCCCAUCCGGCACUCAAAGGACCCGCAAGCCAGACCAUACAAGAGGUCUUGGAGAAGGAGAUUCCGUACAUUGGCACUUUGGUCCGAGCCACCGACGCCGUUGCUAGUCUGUCCACAGGCCUUGGAUCCCUUUGGACCCGUCUUGACAAGAACUCGAUCGACCUGGACCGGUUUGACAACGCUGUGAGUGGCAACAGCAAGCGGUCAUACAGUGUUGUGAAGGGUUUGCCUACAUAUCCUUGGAACCACGGCGUUUCGCAUUGGCAUGAAUCUCGAAGGUCGCUUAAGCUACGGACAAGGAAAGAUGCGCCCCACCCCCUUCUCGGUGACGUGUCUCCUGACAGCGCUCCGCAUUCCCUGGAAUGGCAUAACCUACUACGUGCUAGCGAGCUUCCUUGGUUGGAUGGGCAUCGUGUACAGAGUCAGACUGUUUUCCCAGCAGCUGGUUACGCAUCAACGGCUUUCGAAGCCGCCAAGUCUCUUGCCGAGGGGAAGUCGAUCCGGCUGCUCGAGCUGAACAACCUCAAUAUCCGCCAAGCCGUGGAUUUUAGCGACGAGGAGGCUGGUGUGGAAGUCGUCAUCAGGUUGACCGGGAUAGAUCACGCUUCAUCGCAUCAUAUCAAGGCUGAGUUCAGCUUCUCGGCCGAUCUAGGAUCAAACGAACUGACUCUUGCUGCCACUGGUGAUUUGGAUGUAUUCCUUGGUGAGCCCUCGCCUUUCAUCUUUCCCGAACGGGCCGCCACUCCUCCGCAUACCAUUGCUGUCGAAACAGAGCGUUUCUACCGUUCCCUGGCAGACCUGGGCUACAACUUCAGCGGGCGUUUCCAGUCACUAUCUGGCCUGCGCAGAAAGCAUGGGCUCUCGACGUGCCACAUCAACAUGGUGGCACACGAAACGGGAGAAGAGGCAUUGUUCGUGCACCCUGCCAAGCUAGACGCCUCAUUCCAAAGCAUCAUUCUGGCCUAUGCGUACCCAUACGACGAGCAGUUACGCAUCAUGCACCUCCCAACCAGCAUUUCACGCAUCAGAGUGAAUCCAGCGCUUUGCGGACAGCGAGACAGCGACGAGCAAUCACAUGUUGAUGCAUGGCUCCGCCCAAUCGCCGAUGGACAGGGGUUUACCGGAGACUGCACCAUAUAUUCCAAACAUAGCGCCAGCGCAGCCAUUCGUGUGGAAGGCGUGACGCUCCGACCUCUCGGCAGCAUGACUGCUUCUGAUGAUAGGAAGGUCUUCUCGAAAAUGCACUGGUUCCCUAGCGAGCCGGACAUGGGCGAUGCCUCUGCUGACACGACUGUCACUGAGGAGGACAGGCAGGUCCUGAGAAUGCUUGAACGCAUGUCAACAUACUACUUGCGUGAGUUCGACAAGCAGAUUCCAGCGGACGCUCUCGCCAGGCGCGAGCGUCCCAACAGCUGCUAUUUGAAUUAUGCUCAGCACAUGACAGCUCUUGUGGCCAGAGGUGAAAAUCCGUGGGUCGAAAAGGAAUGGCAGCAAGAUACGCUGGCGGAUGUCUACAAAGCCACCGACCCAUACGAGGAUCUGAUUCCCGACGUGAAGAUCAUGCAUCUGGUCGGCCAGCAGAUGCCCCGUGUCUUCCGGGGAGAGACCACCAUGCUUGCAGAGUUCCGCGAGUCUGGUCUCCUCGAUGACUACUACACAGUCGGCUUCGGAUUCAAGCAGGUUUGCAAGUGGCUGAGCCGAGUGCUUGUCCAGAUCUGCAACCGGUACCCACACAUGAACAUUCUGGAGAUCGGCGCUGGGACGGGUGGUGCUACCAAGAGCAUCCUCCCAGCUUUGGACCGAAACUUCCUUAGCUACACCUUUACCGACGUUUCAGCCGGCUUCUUCGACAAUGCCGCUACCCUCUUCUCCGACUACAAGGACCAAAUGCGCUUCAAGGUGUUUGAUCUUGAAAAAGACCCGCUUGAUCAGGGGUAUGCUGAGGGCUCGUAUGAUGUCAUCGUUGGAUCUCUGGUUGUCCACGCUACUGCCGAGCUGGAAAAGACUAUGCACUAUCUGCGAAGGCUCCUGAAGCCAGGCGGCCUUCUGGUCAUUGGAGAAGGCUGCCGCAAUUGCACGACUGGCGGCUUUAUAUUCGGGCCUCUGGCUGGGUGGUGGCUCGGUGUUGAUGAGGGCAGGGCCUUGACUCCUUUCGUCAGUGGCGAGGAGUGGGAUCGGAUCCUGAAGGCAACUGGCUUUUCAGGCGUCGAUACGGCCACGCCAAAGGAACAAGAGGAUGUCUACGGCGUUACUGUCUGGGUCGCUCAGGCAACCAACGACGAGGUCCAUUUCAUUCGAGAGCCCCUAUCUUCGCCGCCCGAGGCUCAUCGGAUCGAGAAGCUUGCCAUCGUUGGUGGCAAGACCGCCAAGACGGCCCACCUCGUGGAGGCUCUGCAGUUAAUUCUUAUGCCCUAUGCUGCCGAUAAAAUCCGUGUCUUCAAGACCCUGGCCGAUGUUGAUUAUGACUUUGCCGAUGCGACUUCCACGGUGGUCAGUCUGGCAGACCUUGACGGGGCAGUAUUCGACGACAUCCAACCAAGUGAGUGGCAUGACCUCAAACGAAUGUUUGAAGUGGGAAAGACACUUCUGUGGUUGACCAGUGGCCGAGAAUCGGACCAGCCGUAUGCAAAUAUGAUGGUUGGCUUCGGCCGCACGGCUCAUCUUGAGACGCCGGGCCUCCGGCUACAAUUCCUGGAUGUACCAGACGCGACCAAGCUUGAUGCUAGGAAGAUCGCAGAGGCUCUUCUGCGGCUUCAGGUUGAGGUUCCAGAGGACAGGACUGACAUACUGUGGACCGUGGAAUCGGAAAUUGUCCUGGAUGCCUCGGACCAUCAUUUCAUCUCGCGGCUUCGCGCCAUGCCUGAGGCGAAUGACCGGUAUAACUCUGCCUUCCGCCCGAUCCAGCAUGAGGUAGACAUCGGCCAGUCUGCGGUCCAACUGCAGCGGGAACCCGCUGGUUAUGUUCUCAAGGAAUUGUCCCAUUAUGGCACGUCAGAGAGCUCAGAGACGACGGUUGCGUUGCGCAUAACUCAUUCGCUUCUAUACGCACUCGGGACCCCUGUGGGCCCAAAGUUCCUAGUGCUGGGUGAGAGCACUGGAACCAAAUACAUGGCCCUUGUUCCAUCCUUGACAUCCGUUCUCAAUAUUCCUGCUAAGGCGAUAGUCUCUUGUGAGCUGGGUGGUCUCCCCGAAGCCACUAUUCUUUCACUAGCAGCCGCCUAUUUGGUCGCGGCAGCGAUUUGCGAUCCUCUUGUUGCUGGUGAGACGCUGGCUGUACAUAAUGCACCGAGCCUACUCCAUCAGGCGAUCAGUGCUGAGGCCCUGGAGAAGAAUCUGGGAGUUGUAUUUACCACCGACUCCGCAGAAGAAGCAGAAGCUGAUUCAGCCCUGCCGAUCCCUCCCUACCUCAGCAGAGCAGAAGCCAGCCGUUUUUUGCCUGAAGGCACCCGGGCUUUCGUUGGGCUCUCCAACCACACCAUUCGACGAUCCGACAAUGAGCUCACAAUGCUGGCGGCUCUCUCUCGGCAUGUUCGCAAGGAGACAGUGGAGACGUUGUAUUCUGCCGAUGCGACUCCCGCUGUUGCUUCAUCAGCUGGAUUAUUGAACAGCUUAGCUCAGAGGGCAUUCAAAUAUGCUCAAUCAUACUCAGGCAGCGCGCAGGCUUCCAAUACCACCUCCACCGUCCUUGCCCUCGAGGACCUCGUUGGAAAACAGAUCCCAGUCGAGCUCUCGACGAUUGUAGAUUGGUCAAAGUCUCCCAAACAGCUAGCCAAUGUGUCUAGGCUAGACUCCAGGCCUAUGUUCAAGGCUGAUAAGACCUACUGGAUGGUGGGGUUGUCUGGAGCGCUUGGAAUAUCGCUUUGUGACUGGAUGAUCGAAUGCGGUACUCGCUAUCUUGUUUUGACGAGUCGCAACCCUAAUAUUGCACCCGAGUGGGUACGAGCCCACGACCGCAAGGGGGUCAAGGUGACCAUCAUUCCAUGCGAUGUCACCGAUGAGCCGCGCCUUCGCUCGGUACACAAGACCAUCUGUGAUACACUUCCGCCCAUCGCCGGUGUACUAAAUGGCGCCAUGGUUUUGCGAGAUGUCUCGAUCCUCAACAUGACGUACGAACAGUUCAUGGGUGUAGCUCGGCCAAAAGUUCUUGGAAGCGUGUAUCUCGAUCGAAUUUUCGAUCACCAACCCCUCGAUUUCUUCAUCUUCUUUUCGUCCAUUAACGGUGUCGUUGGUAAUCUGGGACAGGCUAAUUACACCGCGGCCAACAUGUUCAUGUGUGCCAUGGCAGCGAACCGGAGAAAGCGUGGCCUGACGGCCUGCGCUUUGGACGUGGGCGCCAUCGUUGGGGCCGGGUAUAUGGAGAGAGAAUCCAGCAAGGCUCUCGACUUAACCGUCUCUAAAAUGGCCUUGAUGCAUCUGUCGGAGGAGGACUUCCACCAGCUGUUUGCUGAAGGCAUCGAAGCCGGUCUUCCCAAUUCUAGGGAUGGACCCGAAGUCUCGACUGGUCUCUUGGACGUCGCGGCGAACGCUGAUGAGCGGCCCAGGUGGUGCAAAGACCCCAAAUUCUUGCACUUCAUCAACCACCGAACAGGCUCCAGCGGCGAAAAGUCUAGACAGGCGGCCUCUCUAUCCAUAGCAGACAUGCUGAAAGGCUGCAAGACCGAAGGCGAGCUUCUCAAGGUCAUUCAAGACACGUUCGCAGCACAGCUUCGAAAUAUCCUCCAGAUGACCACGCCCGACAAGCACCUCAUGACUAUGCGAAGUAGCGAGAUUGGCCUGGACUCUCUUAUCUCCGUCGACGUUCGGUCUUGGUUCCUGAAGAACUUCCACGUCCGCAUACCCGUGCUCAAGAUCAUGGGAAAUGACACGAUGGCGAAUCUCGCCAAGCAUGUAGCCGAAAACGUGCCGCCUGAGCUGAUCCCCCAGAUAGGUGCAGGCAAAAGUCAGGAUGUUCCUGCUCACCCUCCAGCUACUAGCUCGGUCCCACCGAGCAAGGGCCCUGCUUCCACCGACGAGCAUGGUCAGCAGUCUUUGGCUGCCACCACUGUCGAUCAGUCUCGGUCUCCUUCACCGCCAGGUGAUGAGUUGAUGUUGGUGGAUCUACUGGCAAGAUUGACUAUGAUGCGGAAUCCACGCCUCCUUGCAGACUUCGCCGACCUCGCGCUCCAAGCUGGGAAUUCUCCUGCUGCAAAGUCGCAACCAGAAGUUGUUCUUCUUACAGGAGUGAGCGGCUUGCUUGGAAAUCACCUGCUGAACCAUCUGCUCGAGGAGAACCAAGUCGAGAAAGUCAUAUGUGUGGCUGUACGCCAACUGUCGGAGCGUCUCGUGUCUAAACAACUUCCCCAGCACGAACGAGUGUCGUAUUUCAAAGGUGACUUGCGUUCUGUGCGUCUCGGACUCUCCAUGGAAGACGCUGCCGCUAUUUUCAGCGAAGUUGACGUCAUCCAUGAUGGAGCUGAUACCUCGCACCUCGAAUACUACCCUUCCAUCAAGAGCGCGAACGUCGACUCAACUCUCUGGCUAACACGCAUGUGCUUGCCGCACCAAAUCCCCAUGCACUACGUAUCGUCAGUGGGCUGCUAG